UAGGGUCCACGAGACACGAAUGGGAGACAUAUUUCAGAGAUAACCCACUUAUGAAUGAAAUGAAGCCGGGGUUGAGGCCCGACACCAUUCACGUACAGUCAUUACCAGUGAAGUGGUUGGGAGGCGAGAGACCCAAACCCAACCUAUUGGUCAAACUCUUCGGAACCUUUGGCGAUAUCCGACGCUUUCAUAUCCCAUGUCUGGACACCAAAGAGGAAGAAGGCUUCAAACGAUUUACUUUUAACGAAAGUCUCAGUUUUGAGGCAUUCAUUCAAUACAGAGAUUACAUUGGAUUCGUCAAAGCGAUGGACGCCUUACGAGGAAUGAAAUUAGUGAAGAAGUUGUCGGAAAUUCAGAAUCAAAAGAACAAUCAUUUGGAAUAUGAUAUAAAAGUAGAUUUCGACAAAACAAGACAUUUAAGCGAUAAAGCGAUUAAAAGGAGACGAAUUCAACGUCAGUUUGCUUUCAGCUCUGAUCCGGCUGUUCAGGCGCUGGCAUUCAAGUCAAUGAUGGAACUGAAGAGGUUAAGGGCCGAGACUAAGAGACAACUCAAGAAACUGCAAGAAGAGGCCGACAAACAGGGCGAAGGUCUUCGAAACGGUGAUAAAACUCGUGAGAAGUCACCCGACAAUUGCAAACAAACUCAGACCACGCAGACAGAGAUAAGUCCUCCGAGGAGUCCGGUGUCUGGCGUCCAAUCGGAAGAGAAGCAUAAGAAAGAGUUGGAGAGCAGGAAGAGAGCCGAACAGAAGGUGAAGGAUAAGCUGCUGUUAGAAGAGGUAAAACUUCGGGAAAUACUUGUGAAGAAACGCGAGGAACGGGAAGUGAAACUCAGAGAAAUACUUAUAGAGAAACGAAGGGAACGGCUGCGAAGUGAAGCGAAAGGAAAGUUGAAAAGUCAUCCAAACAAUCACAACAAUAGGAAUAACAAUAAUUAUCUAAACUAUCGCCGGUCCCUAUUCCCACACCACCACCAAAAACCACAUUUCCAUCCGCCCCUACAUUACUAUACGACAGAAGAGCCUAUACUUCUGACACAACACCGCCAAAAGAAGCAUAGGAAGGGCUGUAAGCACUAUACGAACUCGAAGAAUACGGAACCAAUAGGAGAUAAUAGCGAUAGGAGUGACAAUUAA